UACACACAGAUACAGACACACACACCGAGUCAGCAGAGGGAGGAUCAGGGCUGGAAACAAGUUCUGAGGAAAACGAAAGAAGAACAGAAUCAACAUUCAUCAGUUCUCUGACUUCAGGUCUUUGCAGCAGCAGGAGAACAUGGAGGUUCUGCAGGUUCUGGUUCUGCUGCUGGUUUCUGUGGAGUGUUCAGAGUGUGUGCCGUGUUUUGCACGUUUCGACCUGACCUCAGGUCAGUGUGAUGACGAGCUCGGCGAGGUGGACGAAGACGAAUGCUGUCAGAAUCCUCACUAUGGUUACCAGGCAACAGACGGAGCGUGUCAGUCCUGUGGUCCCCCUGUGUGGUCUCCCUGGUCGCCAUGGUCACAGUGUAACGUCCUGUGUGGGGAGGGGGUGAGGCAGAGGAGCAGGAAGUGUUUUGGGAUCGGCCAAUCAGAGUGUGCGAAUCCUGAAGACAAACUGCAGACGGAGCCGUGCAGCGGCACCUGCUGUGAUGCUAAGGGGUGGGGCUUGUGGGCCCCCUGGUCACCCUGCUCGGUCACCUGUGGACGGGGUGGAGUCAGGAAGAGAGAGAGAGUCUGCUCCAGUCCUCCUGAGUGUCGCUCGGCCUGCAGUGGUCCUUCAGAGGAGACAGAGAACUGUUCAACACUCAACAUCUGUCCAGUCCACGGUGGUUGGUCCAGUUGGUCCGGUUGGUCUCAGUGUUCUGGUUCCUGUAUAGAUGAGCAGCGUCGUGACGUCCCCUCCAAAACACGAUAUCGUUCCUGCUCUAACCCCGCCCCCUCCAAUGACACGGCCCCACCUGGUAAUGGUUGCCCUGGAGACGGCUUCCAGGUGCAGGACUGUAGCGAGCUCCCCAACUGUCCAGUGGACGGCAGCUGGGGGGCGUGGUCUCCGCCCAGGCCAUGCUCAGUGUCUUGUGGGGAGGGCCUUCAGCUGUCAAUCAGGACCUGUGAUCGCCCCGCCCCAAAAUAUGGUGGCCGGUUCUGUGAGGGACCGAGCGCUCGGAGCAGCGUCUGUCAGAGUCCCUGUCCUGUUGACGGGUCCUGGUCUGGUUGGUCCAGCUGGGGUGAGUGUUCUUCUUCCUGUAUCCCACAAGGCCGAGCUCCCAUCAGGGCUCGCCACCGCUCCUGUUCUAACCCCGCCCCCUCGCUCAGCCCGCCCGGCAGAGGUUGUCAAGGUGAAGGGCGCCAGACGGAGAACUGCAACCACCUGCCUCACUGCCCAGUGGACGGAGGAUGGGGAUCUUGGUCUCCCUUCACUUCCUGUCCUGUUACCUGUGGGGUGGGGCUUCAGGUGUCAGUCAGGAGAUGUGACAGCCCUGCCCCUAAACAUGGUGGUCAGCCGUGUCCGGGAGAGGGACGGCGAACCAACAUCUGUAUGACCUAUGUCCACUGUCCAGUGGACGGGGUGUGGUCAGAGUGGUCGCCGUGGAAUCCGUGUAAAUUCCCGUUUGGUGGGCGGGACAUCCGUUGUAAGCAGCUGGGCGGCAGUCAGACCCGAGAGCGGCAGUGUCUCCAUCGAGCUCAUAAUGGAUCCAUCUGCAGCGGAGACACCCUGACGGACAGACGGGUCUGCUACGAUGUCAACAAGUGUUACAUGAAGGGCACCUGGGAAGGCUGGGAGCCAUGGAGUCUCUGUAAUCCGGCCUGUGGAGGAAACUCCAGACGCUUCAGGAGGAGAUACUGUAAACCUGAUUACAGCAGCUACAGUCCUACCAUCGGCCGUCUGAAGGAGGCGGCCACGUUCUUUGGGACUCCACAAGCCGACUGCGGCCCGGUGCCCGAUGGCGGGGAGAAGCUUCAGAUCCAGCCCUGUGUCAACGUCCCCGCCUGUCCCGCCCUGUAAUGACCCGACAUGUCCUGUAAUAAAUCCUGUAAUAAAUGUGGAUGAGCUGCUGAUGAAGUGCUGGGUUGUGUUGGAGGAUUCAGUCUGAGCUGAGCUGAAAAGCAGUGGAAGAAGUUUCUGUCUUUACAGAAGGAAAAGUUCCAAUAUAUUCAUGUAAAAAUGUCCUGAACUGUCCAACUGAGGUGAAAGUCCAGAGGUAGUUAAAGUUCCCAACCUAGGGGUCAGGUCCUACCACAGGGUCACCAGAUAAACCUGAGGCGUCGUCAGAUCAUUGAUCUGUGUUCAGUUUCUUUUCUCUGAAAAAAACAAAGGUUUUCUUUGAUUAAAUGUUUUUCAAAGUUUAGAGGGAGACACCUCUUAGUGGAAAUGCUCGUAGACAUCUGAGACAUGAUGAGACAUGAUGAGACACAACCACACACUGGUUCUACAUCAGAAACCCCAGAACAUGAAGGUGGAAAAUGACUGGUUUAAUCUUUAACGUUGAUCCUAAACUGUAACUUGUGACUGUAGCUGCAGUUAGAACAGUAAAAAAAUGAAGUAGUUUCUCUGUUUGUCUAAAUGGGGCGGAGCUUAGCUUCCAUCUCAGCUGACUGCAUUGCAUCAUACUGACAUGUCAGAGCUGGAGCAUGCUCAGUUGACUGUUGCCAUAGCAACACCAAUGAUGUCCUCUGAUAUAAAGGUGGUGCGUGGCUCUGUGUCUGUGUGGAUUCAGCCCCCUUUUCCAGGAGGUCAGUGACUCUUCAAAAUAAAACCUUCCACAGGACUUUUAUUGUGA